CUUCCGUGACGCCAUGAGCACACGCACCUCGGCCGUGCCGGAUGACUUCCCGCACUUCGCCGCGUGGUAUGGCCGCGUGCCCGGCUUCGAGCACGCACAGGUGAGAGCCAAGGACUUCCAUUGCCGUGACCAAGUCUUUCAUCUCCGUCAGCUGGUGGAUGCAAGGCCUGCGCGCUGAAUUACCCAGCUGUAUAGGCCCCUCUGGAGGUUACUUUUGAGAGUCACUCAAUUUGCGAGGUUGAUGAAUCCAGGGUCGAUGGGGUCCAAACCCCAAUGUCCCAUCAAGUUGGCCCCAGAAGUCUCCGCCGUUUGCGCAUCAGAUUGACAAUCAAAACCGGGUAAUGCUCGGCACGCCAUCAAUGGGUGCGGCAAGACGCCUUGAAUGGCGUUCAAUCUGAAGCGACUGAGUGGAGCGCUGCGUGCUAAGGCGUCUGUCGCCACUUUGACUUUCACGGCCAUAUGCUCAUGGGGAGCGCUGAUGGGCGGGCGUGUGCCCACGCUCAAGGAAAGACAAGCCUUCUUUGAAGCCUUCCGGAGGGCAGUGAAAGGAGGUCCCGCAAAGGGAGACCGCAGCGCGAGGCCCCUUCAGCAACUGCUGAUUUUAGGACACGGCAGCGACCUGCUCUACCUUGGAGCGCAGAAGCUGCUGAAGGCAAUUGGCCGCUGGGCCGACCACGCACGGGCCGGAGGUAGGCCCCCGACACAGCACCGGGUUUGCCGGACUAGGUAUGCCCGGGCCCUUCAGAAAUGCCUCGACCACUGGGGUUGGACCCCAGUGCCGGGGCAAUGGGCAGCUUGGAGACAAGGCAGGCAGGUGCUGGAUCUUCAGGCCAGCUACAAGGAUAGGGAAAAGGCCUUUCAUGAUUUGAGAAGCGCAUGGAGGUGUACACGCUUGGAGGAGUGGUUGAAAUCUCCCAGGCGCGACGCGAUCCUGGCCCGGCAGGAGCGAGUCCGCGCCACGGUUGGGCUUGUGGACAGGCUUCGUAAGCUGGCUUCUGUGCUUCCCGGACACGCGGUUUCGUGCAUGUGCGGGGGCAUGAGCACGGACGCAAAGUGGACACCCCGAGGCCCACAGAGAUUGACCUGUGAAUGCUGCGGAUUGGCAGUUGUGCCUUCUGUGGAUCACGUGUUUUGGGUCUGCUGCGCGUUUGCGGAACUGCGGGCGCAAACUCCAAGGCCAGUCUCCAUGCUUGCCGCCCGUGUGGGGUGGACUCAGAACCCCGACGGUGGGGAAAUAGAAAGACUCAUGAUGAUGGGUCGGAUCCGUCAUGACGAAGUGAAAUCCCGGAAAAACAGAUUUUCGUGGACCAUGGACUAGCCGUGGUGCGCCUGCUUGCCUGACUAACACGGUCAGGACAAUGCAUGGCACUAAGGUACCUCCACUGUACCACGGACCUUUUAUGUGCGGCACCCUUUUUGGUUUAUUUGUCGUUUUGGCUGCUGCCUUUUUCGGCUCUUCGGUGUGGCUUGGAUUCUGGGCUUUCCGGGGCUGGUUUUCGGGCUGGCUCCUUGGCUUGUUUUCCUUUUUCGCCACUCCGGUGGACUGAACGCUGAGGUACCAUCAGUACUUAGUACUUCGGUACGCUAAGGCACCACCGCCGCUGACGCGCUGCUGCUGCUGCUGCUACUACUGCUGCUGCAGCCCUGUGCGUUGGCGGUUCCUCUCGCUGCUAACCCUGUGCAAGGUUGCGGCGAUCCACACACACUGAGUGGAGCAUGACCUUUGCCGUUGAUUGGCCGGAUCUGAAGUGGAGUAGCGCGCAAGUCCCCAACCGUUGCAUGCAGGAAAAAAUGAUCUCAAAGGUCAACGCCUUUUGAGCUCAUCACCAAUAAGUAGACCGACCUGUCCGUUGCCUCCAUUUCUUUGGUCAAUUGUUCUAAGGCAGGAGCCUCGGACAGAUCUGAAGAUGCAUACUUCAACAAAGGAGGGC